UCCGCGCCCCGCGCCCGCACGAACGUUCGUCCGCGUCCCCCGCGGUCUCGUCAGCGGCAGCGGCGGCGGCGAGAGAGAGGCGAGGCGGCGCGUGGGCCGGCGGGCCGGCCAUGGAGGCGGACGGGGCCGGGGAGCAGAUGCGGCCGCUGCUGACCCGGCCCUUUUCAACCUCAGACCAUAAGAAUUUCUCCCAUGGUCUCCUGAUCUUCAUUGACAACUGCAAGAACCUUGUACUUCUCUCCUUUUGUUUGCAUAGAGGUAUACUGCAAAUAACUGCUCCCUGGUUGGUUUUAUCUGAGGGUCCUGAUGAAGAAGCAGUUGUGGAUCUUGGAAAAACCAGUUCAACCAUCAAUACCAAAUUUGAAAAGGAAGAACUAGAAAGCCAUCGAGCUGUAUAUAUUGGUGUACAUGUCCCAUUUAGUAAAGAAAGUCGCCGACGUCAUAGACAUCGUGGGCACAAGCAUCAUCAUCGAAGGAGAAAAGACAAAGAAUCCGAUAAAGAAGAUGGCCGUGAGUCUCCUUCUUAUGACACACCAUCCCAGCGUGUCCAGUUUAUUCUUGGUACUGAAGAUGAUGAUGAAGAGCACAUUCCCCACGACCUCUUCACUGAAAUGGAUGAACUUUGUUAUAGGGAUGGUGAAGAAUACGAGUGGAAGGAAACUGCUAGGUGGCUAAAAUUUGAAGAGGAUGUUGAAGAUGGUGGGGAUCGAUGGAGCAAGCCUUAUGUGGCGACCUUGUCUUUGCACAGUCUGUUUGAGCUGAGGAGCUGCAUCCUGAAUGGAACGGUUAUGCUGGAUAUGAGAGCAAGCACUCUGGAUGAAAUAGCAGAUAUGGUGCUGGACAACAUGAUUGCCUCUGGCCAGUUGGAUGAUUCGAUAAGAGAGAAUGUCAGGGAGGCUCUUUUGAAGAGACAUCAUCAUCAAAAUGAGAAAAGGUUCACGAGCCGGAUUCCCCUUGUGCGGUCUUUUGCAGAUAUAGGCAAGAAACAUUCUGAUCCUCACUUGCUUGAACGGAAUGGGGAAGGCCUUUCAGCCUCCCGCCACUCUUUACGAACAGGUCUAUCUGCUUCAAAUCUUUCACUGAGAGGAGAAUCACCUUUGUCCCUUCUCAGUCAUCUUCUUCCUUCUUCAAGAGCUGGGACUCCGGCAGCCUCAAGGUGUACAACCCCAGUACCCACCCCUCAAAACAGUCCACCCUCCAGUCCUAAAAUCAGUCGACUGGAUUCCAGAAGUUCUCAGCAGAGUCAGCUUCAGGUCCCAGAACUUCUGAUUUCAUCUGCCAGUGAUGAUAUCCCCACAGUAGUAAUUCAUCCACCUGAGGAAGAAUUAGAAGCACUGCAGUGCCAGGAGCAGAAGAAGGAGGAAAAUAUUGACCUAAGCCCAGGCGUUUUGGCAUCUCCACAGUCAGCACCUGGAAACUUGGACAGUAGCAAAAGUGGAGAAGCUAAAGGUAAUGGAACUGGAGGAAGCAGAGAGAAUAGUACUGUUGACUUCAGCAAGGUUGACAUGAAUUUCAUGAGGAAAAUUCCCACGGGAGCUGAAGCAUCCAAUGUUUUGGUGGGAGAAGUGGAUUUUUUGGAAAGGCCCAUCAUUGCAUUUGUGAGGCUGUCCCCAGCCGUCCUCCUUUCUGGCCUCACUGAGGUUCCAGUGCCCACCAGGUUUUUGUUUCUAUUACUGGGCCCUGCAGGCAAGGCGCCACAGUACCAUGAAAUUGGGAGAUCAAUAGCUACCCUCAUGACAGAUGAGAUUUUCCAUGAUGUUGCAUAUAAAGCAAAAGAUAGAAAUGACCUUCUUUCUGGAAUUGAUGAAUUUUUAGACCAAGUAACUGUUCUGCCUCCAGGAGAGUGGGACCCUUCUAUACGCAUUGAGCCACCAAAGAGUGUGCCUUCUCAGGAAAAGAGGAAGAUCCCUAUCUUUCCAAAUGGAUCUACACCUUCAUCAGGUGAGAUGCAGAAAGAGGAGGGCCAUCAUGCCGGACCAGAACUGCAGAGGACUGGCAGGCUUUUUGGUGGUUUGAUACUUGACAUCAAAAGGAAAGCACCUUUUUUCUUGAGUGACUUCAAGGAUGCAUUAAGCCUGCAGUGCCUGGCCUCGAUUCUUUUCCUAUACUGUGCCUGUAUGUCUCCUGUAAUCACUUUUGGAGGGCUCCUUGGAGAAGCUACAGAAGGCAGAAUAAGUGCAAUAGAAUCUCUUUUUGGAGCAUCGUUAACUGGGAUCGCCUAUUCAUUGUUUUCUGGGCAGCCACUUACAAUAUUAGGAAGUACAGGACCAGUUCUUGUAUUUGAAAAAAUAUUAUUUAAAUUCUGCAAAGAUUACAGUCUUUCCUAUCUAUCAUUACGGACCAGCAUUGGUCUCUGGACUUCCUUCUUGUGUGUUGUCUUGGUAGCAACAGAUGCAAGCAGCCUUGUGUGUUACAUCACUCGGUUUACCGAAGAAGCCUUCGCAGCUCUUAUUUGCAUCAUAUUUAUCUAUGAAGCAUUGGAAAAGCUCUUUCAUUUAGGAGAAGUCUAUGCUUUUAACAUGCACAAUGACCUAGACAAACUGACAUCCUAUUCAUGCUUGUGUACUGAGCCUCCAAAUCCUAGCAAUGAAACGCUCAAGAAAUGGAUCGCAAUGAAUCGGUCAUCACAGACAAUUUCAUGGGGCAACCUCACUGUUGAAGAAUGUAAACAGUAUCAUGGUGUCUUCCUGGGCCCAGCCUGUGGUCUUCAUGGGCCCUAUAUUCCUGAUGUGCUCUUCUGGUGUGUCAUCUUAUUCUUCACAACGUUUUUUCUCUCAUCAUUCCUGAAGCAAUUUAAGACCAAGCGUUAUUUUCCUACCAAGGUCCGAUCGACCAUCAGUGAUUUUGCUGUGUUUCUCACGAUAGUGACUAUGGUUGCCAUUGACUACCUUGUGGGUAUUCCUUCUCCUAAACUUCACGUUCCUGAAAAAUUUGAGCCUACUCAUAAAGAGAGGGGUUGGCUCAUCAGCCCACUGGGCGAUAACCCAUGGUGGACAUUAUUAAUAGCUGCUAUUCCAGCGCUGCUUUGUACUAUCCUCAUUUUCAUGGAUCAGCAAAUCACAGCAGUCAUCAUAAAUCGAAAGGAACAUAAGUUGAAGAAAGGAGCUGGAUAUCAUCUGGAUUUGCUCAUGGUUGGUGUGAUGUUGGGCGUUUGCUCAGUUAUGGGUCUACCAUGGUUUGUGGCUGCGACAGUUCUGUCCAUAAGUCACGUAAACAGCUUAAAAGUUGAAUCUGAAUGUUCUGCUCCAGGUGAACAGCCUAAGUUUCUGGGAAUCCGGGAGCAGCGAGUAACAGGCUUACUAAUUUUUGUUCUGAUGGGCCUGUCUGUGUUCAUGACUUCUAUAUUAAAGUUUAUUCCAAUGCCAGUUCUCUAUGGUGUUUUUCUGUAUAUGGGAGUUUCUUCACUAAAAGGCAUUCAGUUUUUUGACCGCAUCAAAUUAUUUGGAAUGCCCGCUAAACAUCAGCCAGAUCUGAUCUAUCUGCGUUAUGUGCCGCUGUGGAAGGUCCACAUCUUUACAGUCAUUCAGCUUACCUGUUUAGUUCUCUUGUGGGUGAUAAAAGCUUCAGCUGCUGCGGUUGUUUUCCCCAUGAUGGUUCUUGCAUUGGUGUUUAUACGCAAACUAAUGGACUUGUGUUUUACCAAACGAGAACUGAGCUGGCUUGAUGAUCUCAUGCCAGAAAGUAAGAAAAAGAAAGAAGAUGACAAACAGAAGAAGGAAAAGGAGGAGGCUGAACGGCUGCUUCACGCCGAUGACAGUGACACUGUGCACCUUCCCUUUGAAGGCGGGAGUCUCCUGCAGAUUCCAGUGAAGGCCCUCAAGUACAGCGUUGAUCCUUCAGUUGUUAACAUAUCAGAUGAAAUGGCUAAAACCGCCCAGUGGAGAGCCCUUGCCAUGAGCACCGAGAGCACCAGAGCAUCCAGGCCGAGCAUGAGCUCUUUACAGCUCAUCCUUCCUUCUUCACCUUUCCUCUCAUCCUCCAGUCAACAUUUUGGCCCCAUUUGGACACCCCCUAGCCCAGAAAAACCAGUGAGUGUGAAAAUAAAUCUGGAAGAUGAACCUACAAGGAAAUAUGUGGAUGCUGAAACUUCGUUAUAGAACUAAACCAAGAAGAAUUAUGUUAUGUAUGUGUGUGCUGUGUGUUUGUAUAGACUGUUUUUGGCUACCAUACCACCAAAGUAUGACUCCGUGCUUUUGAAAGUGUUUGACUUGUAUGUUAUGAGCACAGUAAUGACUGUAUAUGUGAUGAGGUGGGUCUCUUGUGAGUAAGGUACAUAGUUAUUAAUUAUCCUUUGAAUAUUUAUUCUGUUAGAAAAAUUAUUUUCCAGUUUUGAAAUAGGAAGAUGUGGGAAAAGCAUAAGUGUAUUUUUUUCUUAAAAAAUCUGUAUGUGUACCAAAAGUUAAUCAACCUUAGUUUAUACUUGUCCAUGUAUUUAUUAUUGAGAGCUCUCUGUGAAUUUUAACCUGAGUUAUUUAAAAAUUUCACCUUUUCUCCAAUUACUGUUUUGAGUUUCAUGGAAGAAAGUGAAGCUUUUUUGUUGGUUUUUAUGAAACAAAACAUAGCAUGCCUGUUAGAUGACAAAUGGCAUCUUGGUUUUCCUCUGGUUUUGUGAGUUCUUUAUGCAGGUGGCCAUGUCGAUAUUCCCCAGAGAUGGAUUUUUAGCCAUAGAGGUAAAUGUGAAAUAUUUAUUAGAACAUUUGUAUUUAUGACCUUCAUUUUUUUUAAGAUAUAAAGAACAGUAACAACAACAAAAAAUCCAUCCUCUGUUUUCCAGUAUAAUACUCAAGUAAAAAUGUAGGUGAUUUUAAAAUAUAUUUUUACCCCCAUACCAGUGUUAGCUACUCUGUCUGCUCAUAAUGAUAUUUUAGACACUCUAAAACAACUAUUUUCAGUAGUUUGAAACAUAUUAGGCUUUACUGCGGUCUUUAUUUUUUUUUUUCAUGAAUCCUUGUGAUUACAGUAGAGCACCAUAUACCUGUUUGCUGUUCUCUUCUUUGUAUGUCAAAGUUAGGAAAACAUGUGAAAGACAUGUUCUCUCAUCCCAUAAAGCAUUUUUUGCUCUCAAUUUCUUAGAAUGUUUUAGUUUAGUAUCAGGUUCAAUUCUUGAUUAUUUUUCAUUUAAAAAGAAGUGUGGUUAAAUAAUCAGGAGUCAGAAUUCUGGAAUGGGUUUAUGAUCAGUAUUACUUUAUGGGCUCUUAAGAAUUACCUUGGAUUCUCUGUUUACAUUUCCAUUCUUUCCACUGUACAGAAUAUAUUUAAUACAGUGCUAACCUUGGUUUUGUUUCUAAACAUUUUAUUUAUUUUAAUUGGUGUAAAGAUUAAAUUCUGUACAAAAAUUUAAGGUAAUGCAUAUACAGUAGAGUAAAUGUGGUAAUGUAAAUAGUUGGGGCUCUCUUACAUUUAUGAUUAAUUCCCUGAAAGAAUACAGUUGACAGAUUUCACAGAUUUGAUAUUAAACACUGCCAUGUUAGUGUUUUUCAAGGAAAUUAAAUAUUUUAUGUAAAGCUCAGACUAUUGAUGACAUACCUACUUAUGAUUGGGAUUACUACUUUUUUUUUUCUUUGUCUUUUUAAGUUCCUUUUUAUCCACGCUAGUAAAUCUUCUUGGUCAUCUUUUAUAUAAUCUUUGUUUGGAGUUAACUCCUAACAUGAAAUGAAUAAAUAUUGUUGUUACUAAACCUGUAGGACUGGAUGAAUGGGGUUGCGCAACUGAUUUGGCAAAAGGAUAAUUCACAAAAACCAAACAUGUUUUACGUUAGUCUUGAAAGGUAUAAAAUGGUGGUAGUGACACAAAAAUCAAGCUCGAUCCGAUAGUCCGAGGCUUCUUUGUAAGGAAGGUGGGCUGUGGAGGAUAGAACUUGCAGCACAUCAGAAAUAAUGCUGUAGGAAUUGGCAGCCACAGUGAUUGAGUGAAAGUAUGUCUCAGACUAUCCAAAGCUUCUUGGUUGACUGCUAUUUAAUGCACAAACAAAAAUGCGUCUCUUUUAUUAUUUAGACAUUUUCUUCGGUGUGUUAUCUGUUUUUAGUUAAUACAGAAAAGUCAUAAGAAGGAUAAUUUUCACCUCAAAUGAAAGGUUAGAAAUGUAGAUUUUUUUUUUUAAAGAAAGCCACAUUGUCAGCAUUAGCUCAUAUCUCUUUUGGUCCUCCUGAAUAAGGGAGGAGUGCUUAUUACUCUGCCAUCAAUUGAUUUACAGAACGUUAUCCAUGGUGCUUGUAACUCACUGUGCUUCCAUUUAAAUAAUUCCUCUUUAUUUUCAACAGUAUAAUCAUUUACAGAGACCCAAAUAUUUGCUAUUCAUCUUAAAACUUUUUAAACAUCUUGUGUUGGGUGCUAGAAUUUCUUCAUAGCCUUCUGAACUUGGACACGGGACACCAAAGGGUUCAUAAUCCAGGCCAUUUUACUGGAGGUAAUUUUUAAAUUUAAAGGGAAAAUUACCCUGGGAUCAUAGUGUUUUAGUGAUUUUGUUUAAUUAUGUAAAGUAAUUACCUUGUGCCAGAAAAACCAUGAAUUUCAAAACACUUUACAUUCAAAAUAAUUUUUCUGUGUUCUUCAUAGUUGUUAUUUUCUUCUUCGUCUAAACUACUUUGACAAAUGAUAUGAUCUGAUACUAUUACUCCAUAAAAGACCAGUGGUAACUCAUGUUUAAGUAAUUUACUGCUUAAUUUACUUUAUUUUAAAUGUUAUUUCCUUCACUGUUUUAAAAAGAAAAAUGGAUGGAAUAUGCAUUCGAAGGCAGUGAAGGACAUGACUUGGUUUGUGUAGAUAAAAAUGUUGCCUUAAUGGGUGUAAAUGAGCAGUAGUAAUUACUAUGCACUGAUUUACUUCACGCUGCAAAACAAGUAAGCCAAUCUGUAGUCCAUUUUGAAAAUAAAGGAAAAGAAAUAAUCCAGCACUUUCUUGAUGCCAUUGGUUGCCAGGAAUGGAGCUUUUUGCUACUGACUCUACCUGGCUGCUCGAGCCACCUCAGGACAUUCCUCUCACUUCCCUCGAUUCUUUCUUCAUAGAUGUAGAAUGUGAUGAGAUCAGAUUUUGAACAACUGAGGUUUAGCUAUCUUCUGAACAGUCUUUCAUUCUUAAUUAACCAUACAAACUUUCUCAUCAUAAAAGGAUGAUUCUGUAUUUUAGUUUUAGUAGAUAUGCUGAAGUCAAUCAUUCACCCCCCCCCAACCGAUUUUUUGGGAGGGUGCAAGAUAGUUCUGGUCUUUUAAACUAUUGGUGGUUUUUUAUUUUUGGUAUGUUUUUAAGGAAGAAAAAAGCAGUGGCAUUCAAAAUGCUCAUACUUGCCAAGUCUUUGCAAAAUUUGUAGGAUUUAAUUUAAAUACACUAAUGCAGGUAUUUUAAAAAGUAUAUUUCUGUACCAGUCAAAAACAUCAGCCAAUUCAAUUAGCCAAACAUUUCCUCAAGCUCCAAAAUGCAUUUAUAUGUAUAUACAGUAACUUUCCCUUUUAUGGGGCAGGUUCGAAGUUCUGUUAAAAAUCUAUCUGAAAUUGAGGGCAUAAUAGGAGAGCUUGCUACUUUAAAGGGGGUUAUAUUGUGUACAUAAGUUCUGUAAAUGUGCUAAGCAAUUUAAAUGGUGAUAGUUUUUAAAUGCACAGAUUUCACAUGUUUAGGCCAUUAAUACCAGGAUGAUUCUAAUUCUCUUUUUAUGUUAGUUAAUUUAACAUUUUAAAUUACUCAUGUAGCUCACAUCUUAUGCAGUACAAAUGUGAAAGAUAUCUUUUGUUUUAUACCAACAAUAAUUUAUUUUCUAGAAAGUACAUUUAAGACUUCAGGGACAUUGGGAGUCUGGAAUAGUGUUCUAAAUGCAAAAAUUGUCUAGUGAUAUUUUAAUAUAAAGUGCUUUUAUUUGAUAACCUUUAAAAUAAGUGUCAAUUAUAGGAAAACCAUUAGUUUGAAUGGGAUAAAGAUUCUUUUAUUAAAUUAGCACAUUCUGAAAUUCUAAGCUGACUUGGGGUAAUGUGUUAAACACCUAGUUUCCUUUUUUUUUUUUAAAUCAAAUUUAUUAAAACAGUGAUUCACUUGGUAUUUGUACCUGUUUUUUGUUGAUACAUUGUAUAUGAUUUUUCUGUGUGUGUGUGGGUGGGGGGGGAUGUCUUCUAAUGUUCAACACAUUUAAGUGAACAGAAAUUGAAUUUUAGUGUUCAUUUAUAUACUAUUUGGUAAUGUGUAAUUACACAGUACGGUUCAAAUUUUUUAUGACUUUUAUAAUUACAAUAGCAUUUUUUCUUUUAUAAUAAAAUCCAACGCAAGGUAAAUCUUAACUCUAAGUGUAGAACUGAUAUUUUGUUUGUAUGAAGUACACGUCUCUCCAACAUGUCUAUAAUGUGAAAGAUCCUGCCUUUCAAAUUUGUUUUAUAAUUAUUAGAAGAAAACUAUUUUUUGAAAUGUUACUGAAUUUGACAAAAGCAAUAAAAGUCUACUGAACUGUU